CCCGACCGCCGGCCUGGCGCGCGGCUGCGCCCACCGGCUCCGCGCUGCCGCCGCCGACACCGCCACCGCCGCCGUCCCGCGGGCCUCCCAGGAUAGUGCCCAGCACAGCCUGCCGCGGCCCGUAGCCCUGGUGCGCCCCGGCCGGGCGUGGAUGGAGGGUGCCGCGCGCGCUGCCCGCUGCUCUGCGUGACGCGGGCCUCGCGCCCCGCGCCCACCAUGUCCUACCCGCAGGGCUACCUGUACCAAGCGCCCGGCUCGCUGGCGCUCUACUCGUGCCCCGCGUACGGCGCCUCCGCGCUGGCCGCGCCGCGCAGCGAGGAGCUGGCGCGCUCGGCGUCGGGCUCCGCGUUCAGUCCGUACCCCGGCUCGGCGGCCUUCACAGCACAGGCGGCGACCGGCUUCGGCAGCCCGCUGCAAUACUCCGCAGACGCCGCCGCUGCAGCGGCCGCGGGCUUCCCGUCCUACGUGGGCUCGCCAUACGACACGCACACCACCGGAAUGACUGGCGCUAUCAGCUAUCACCCAUAUGGCAGCGCGGCCUACCCAUACCAGCUCAACGACCCCGCGUACCGCAAGAACGCCACGCGGGACGCCACUGCCACGCUGAAAGCCUGGCUCAACGAGCACCGCAAGAACCCGUACCCCACCAAGGGAGAGAAGAUUAUGCUGGCCAUCAUCACCAAGAUGACCCUCACGCAGGUCUCCACUUGGUUCGCCAACGCGCGCCGACGCCUCAAGAAGGAGAACAAAAUGACCUGGGCCCCGAGGAACAAAAGCGAGGACGAGGACGAGGACGAAGGAGAUGCUGCCAGGAACAAGGAAGAGAAUCCGGACAAGGCUCAGGAUGGCACCGAGACCUCGGCCGAGGACGAAGGGAUCAGUCUGCACGUCGACUCGCUUACGGACCACUCGUGCUCGGCGGAGUCAGACGGGGAGAAACUGCCCUGCCGCGCCGGGGAUCCCUUGUGCGAAUCGGGUUCCGAGUGUAAGGACAAGUUUGAGGACCUGGAGGAUGAGGAGGAUGAGGAAGAUGAGUGCGAGCGGGACCUGACACCUCCCAAACCCGUGACCUCCUCGCCACUCACGGGCGUGGAGGCACCCCUGCUGAGCCCGGCGCCUGAAGUCGCUCCGCGCGGUGGCAGCAGUGGCAAGACGCCCCUAGGCAGCCGGACGUCGCCUGGAGCGCCGCCGCCCGCCAACAAGCCCAAGUUGUGGUCGCUGGCCGAGAUCGCCACUUCGGACCUCAAGCAACCAAGCUUGGGCCCGGGUUGCGUACCUCCGGGUCUUCCAGCUGCCGCCGCCCCCGCCUCAUCUGGGGCCCCUCCUGGAGGCUCGCCCUACUCAGCCUCUCCGCUGCUGGGCCGCCACCUCUACUAUACAUCGCCUUUCUAUGGCAAUUACACAAACUACGGAAACUUGAAUGCCGCACUGCAAGGCCAGGGCCUUCUGCGGUACAACGCGGCGGCCUCCGCACCAGGCGAGACACUGCACGCCGUGCCCAAGGCGGCUAGCGACGCGGGCAAGGCGGGCUCCCACCCGCUGGAGUCCCACUACAGGCCUCCGGGCGGCGGCUACGAGCCCAAGAAAGAUGCCAGUGAGGGCUGUGUGGUUGUUGGCGCAGGCGUCCAGCCCUACCUAUAGGAGGGCCAAGCUCAGCAGUGCAAGUAGGUGUCACAAUUGCUUUGGAAAAAAUAAAUAAAUAAAAGUCAGGAGGCCAUUCUCCUUCCCCGAGCUCAUACGUACACAGAUACAAACCCCAGAUGUGGAAAUCCGGACCACAUCUUGUGCCACUGUAAGAGAGGACGCACCUCGCACUUCCAACCCACAGACUCUGAGGACUGGACACAAGUUGUUGAGCAUAUGUGAAUUUAUUGGCAUAGUAUAGCUUCCCCAUGUUUGUGUGACUUUUGGAAACAAUCUGUUUUUUCUCAGGAUAUCUUGAUCACUUCAUUGCCACGGUAUAUAUUCUAUAGGCGUGCUAGGACUUGCUGUAAAAUUUAUUUGUAAAAAAAAAAUAAAUGUACACGGUAGAACUAACGUGAUUGAAGAACUCGAGUCCUUCAGAAGUGGAAACAAAUUUGAUAUUUAUUUUUAUAAUGAUAUAAAGCUUCUAGUAAUUUAUGCAAGUUGUAUUGCAAUGAAAUCUAAAACUUUUGUAAAUAAAUUCUGCCUGGUUUUUAUUUGAACAUUGCUGGUUAUACAAUCUCUGUUGGUUGUUUAACAUGAAUUCUCUACUAAUUUAUAUCUAAAACUGUAAAUAAAAACAAACUAGCCUACAAGAAAAUGGUGUUCAGGGCUCGUUUUUACUAAAGAGUGAUUUGGGUAAGGGUCCUAGUGGUGCCCCAGCCCCCAGGUGAUCCUAAGUCAUUUUUAAAAUGAAGAGCCCAGUGAAAUAAACUUC